AUGCAGGCUCUCCGUUUCAACGCCACGGCCCCGGCCGCUGCGCCGGCCAAGACCCGCAGCGUCCAGGCCCGCGCCUUCGACAACAAGGCCUCGGCCGCCGCCGCCGCGUUCAUGGCCGCCUCGGUCGUCGCCGGCUCGGCCCAGGCCCUGACCUUUGACGACAUCAACUCGCUGACCUACAAGCAGGUCAAGGGCACCGGCAUCGCCAACACCUGCCCCGUCAUCGAGGAGGGCACCUCGGACCUCAAGGCCAUCCCGGCCGGCAGCUACCGCUUCGAGGAGUUCUGCCUCGAGCCCACCUCGAUCAAGGUCAAGGAGGAGUCGGGCUUCAAGGGCCAGCCGGCUGAGUUCGUGUCGACGCGCCUGCUGACGCGCCUGACCUACACGCUGACGGGCAUGCAGGGCAAGAUGACGAUCGGCGGCAACGGCGCGGUGCAGUUCAACGAGGAGGAGGGCAUCGACUUCGCGCCCACGACCGUGAAGCUCCCCGGUGGCGAGAUGGUGCCCUUCAUGAACACCAUGAAGCAGCUCAACGCCUCGGGCACGCUCGAGAACUUCGGCGGCGAGUUCGUCGUGCCGUCGUACCGCGGCGCGUCCUUCCUCGACCCCAAGGGCCGCGGUGCCUCGCAGGGCUACGACACGGCCGUCGCGCUCCCCACGGGCGCGGGCGACGAGGAGGAGCUGGCUAAGGAGAACAUCAAGUCGGUCGCGCCGUCGUCGGGCAAGGCCGUCUUCUCGACCGCCAAGUACGACCCGGAGACGGGCGAGAUCGCCGGCGUGUUCGAGUCGGUGCAGCCCUCGGACACGGACCUGGGCUCCAAGGUGCCCAAGGACGUGAAGAUCUCGGGCAUCUGGUACGCGCGCCUGACCAAGUAA